GUCAAACUUGGAUACAAAUAUCCAAAAUUUUGAGGUAUCUACUAACAGAUAUGGAAUCUGCUUUGAAUGCGAUAGAUUCCGCACUACCCUAGGAUGGUGCCAAAAAUGCCAGGCCGAUGAAUUGGCAAGUGAAUUUUCUAAUUGGACAAGUGGAAAUAAAGACCUCGAUAAUUUAAUUCAGAUAAUCCAAAUAAAUGCAACAGAACACUUUGAUUGCCUGGAAUGGAUUCCAUGGAAUCAUUUUGAUGUUGUUGAAUACGCGGGACAAGGAGGAUUUGGCACGGUCUAUUGUGCCUAUUGGAUAGAGGGGCCUAGACGAAUAUGGGACGAGGAGGUGGAAGACUGGUUAAGAAGUGGUCCUACCAAAGUUGCCAUUAAAAAAAUCAAGAAUUCAAAAAAUUUUUCAAAGCAAUACUUGAAUAGGGUACGAAAUAUCAAAUUUUUGUUUGCCUAUGGUGUUCAACAUUGUUACGGGAUAACGCGUGAUGCGACAGAUUGUUACGCGUUUGUCAUGAGAUUCUAUGAAAACGGAAACCUUUAUCAAUACCUUGAUUAUGCAAUGGGGACUUUAUGUUGGAGAGACAUUGUUGAUAUGCUUUGGGGAAUAUCCA